AUGGGACACUACGCUAUCUACGCAUGUGUACUUGCCCUUCUAUUCAGCCUGUUCAGCAUAGCACUGGCUCAGGAUGCUUGUAGCGGGCAUGGCCGGCUCACGCCCUCCGGAGGGUGUGACUGCGACAACCCCUGGCCGGCUCCCGAGUCCAGGGGCUGGACGGGCAAGGACUGCUCCAUCCCCGUCUAUGGCAGCCCCGCCGACAGCGAGGACAUGACUGACUGGUGUCGGGCUGCGGACCAGUGUGACCAGCUGGAGCCUCAGGCAUGGGUUUGCUUUGCCGCCCAGUUCCCCUGGGACGCUGCUGGGGACUCCUGGAACCACCUGGCGGUGCGCCUGGCGCGGACCAGCCCGGACGAGAAGGGGGACCCCGACCUCUUCGGCCUGUUCUCGGGUGGAAAGCGUGGCCUGGCCGUCCCUACCCGCUCCUCCCAUGGCUACGACUUCCAGGACACCUCUGCCGCCCAGCGUGCAGUGGUGGUGAAGAAGGUCACCAAGGCCGCCCAGGGGCCCGAGGCGGACUACGAGGGCGUUCUGCUCUGCGUCCGCUCCUACGGCGCCGUCCCGGUCGCCUUCUCGCUCAAGGCAGCCAGGAACGUAUGCCCCGUGGGGUUUGACGCCGGCGACGCCAGCCCCCUGAUCUGCAGCACCCGCCAGGAUGCCACAGAGAAGCGAUACGAGGGCUGUACUGCCGAUGGGCAGCAGUUUUACCGCUUCCAUGUUGCCCACGACGACUUCCAAGUCUCACUUGCCAUUGUUGAGGAGAGUGAAACACCAGGCAUGCUGGACCUCUUCCUGAAGGCCGGGGUCCCCCCAUCCACCGGGGUCGGCCAGUUUGACGCCCGCCCCCGCUGGAACGCGGCGGAACGGGACCGGCAGCUGGAGGUGCUGCUGGACGCCCGGCCCUCCCCCGAGCCCUGGUCAGCCACGUUGCGCCCCGGCGACUGGUACGCCGGGGUCCUGGGGGGCCUGCGCCCCGCCAAUUUCACCCUGCUCCUCAACCGCUUCGACUGCCCGCUGGGCUGCUCGGGGCACGGGACCUGCGACCCCGGCACGCCGGUCGACCAGCGACGGUGCACCUGCGACGAAGGAUAUGGGGGCGAGGCCUGCAGCAAGUCGAGGGCGGCGCUGGAAUACGGGGAUGUCGUCCAGCGGGAGCCGGCGCAGUUCGAGUAUGAGUACUUCCUCAUGCCGGCCAUCACAGGCGAGUGA